AUGCUGCACUACAGCAUCAUCCUUGAGGAUAUGAUCAAGCUGAAUCGAGCAAUAGUGGUUGUUCUUCUCUACUCUAGUUCACAAAUUGUAUGCGAUGCUAUAUUGUCUCAACAAAACCAAGCUUAUGGUGACCUAGUCAACCAGAGACCAAUGCAAGAUGACACAAGUGCAUUGAGGUCUGAUGAUGGAUUAACAGAUUCUAGACCCUUUUAAAAAUCUCAACAAAUUGAUGGUUACUCUUAUACGUCCAGAAAAUAAUAUUGGGUGAACCACUGUUUAAGCACAUGGUUGAGGAUAUUGAAAACACACUGGAUAGAAAGAGGAUGCUUCUAUAAGAAAGGUUGUCAAAAAGUUUUCACAAAU